AGCUAACACAGUCCAGUCGCAGCAGCACAGCACGUAGCGAUCAGUCAGUCACUGUUCUCUGACAUUUAUAACUUCGGACAAAACUGUAUUUUUACAAAAACUGCUUUUAAGGCUCGAUCCGCGUCAGGACAAUAACAGGGUUUCUUAUUUUUGAUGAAGAGAGUCAGACUUAAGUUAAAUAACUUACUAGAGUGAGCUGCUAGCUUUGACGUAAGCUAGCCGACGAGCUUUGCGAGAAAGUUGUGUUUGUCGGCAAUAUUAAGGAUUACUAAAACAAGACUAUUCAGAAACCUACGCAGAUUGCCCAUAAAAAAACAAAACAUGGGGUUCCUUGAGCUGCCAGGUGUGACCACCACCUCCAUCCUCCCUUAACACACUUCAAAGUCAGUAUCGUCGGCUAAAAUUAACUAGCUCCAAAACGGCAGCACCAGGGGAGAAAGUGGAGCCAGCAUCCAGGUCCAAGAUGGAGUUAGCAGCGGCUCACCCAGCUCUCAAAGCCUUUAUGUGUGGCUCUCUCAGCGGCACCUGCUCUACUCUGCUCUUCCAGCCUUUGGAUCUGGUCAAAACACGGUUGCAGACCCUGCAGAAAACUGCCAAGCCGGGGGCACCAAGGGUGGGGAUGUUCAACGUUUUAAUCAACGUUAUUAGGACCGAGAAAUUCUUCAGUCUGUGGAAGGGAGUUUCACCAUCAUUUGUGCGCUGCAUCCCCGGCGUGGGCAUCUACUUCAGCACCUUCUACUCGCUGAAGCAGCACUACUUCCUGGAGCGCUCACCCAACGCUGGUGAGGCUGUUCUGCUCGGAGCGGGUGCCAGAACCGUAGCUGGCGUCAGCAUGCUGCCAUUCACUGUCAUCAAGACACGCUUUGAGAGUGGCUGUUACAACUAUGUGAGCGUGGCAGGCGCUCUGAAGAGUGUGUAUGAGACGGAGGGAAUCCGGGCUCUGUUCUCAGGUCUGACUGCCACGCUGCUCCGAGACGCUCCGUUCUCCGGCAUCUACGUCAUGUUCUACAGCCAGGCCAAGAAGGCGCUGCCUGAAGAGGUGAGUUCGUCGGCCUAUGCCCCGCUGGUGAACUUCAGCUGUGGGAUGGCGGCGGGCGUCAUGGCGUCGCUGGUCACGCAGCCGGCAGACGUGGUGAAGACGCACAUUCAAAUCAGCCCGUCCCACUGGAGCACCACAGAUGCUAUCCGCUACAUCUACAGGGAGCACGGCAUGGCCGGGUUUUUCCGCGGGGCUGUCCCGAGGUCUCUGCGACGCACACUGAUGGCAGCUAUGGCCUGGACUGUCUACGAACAGCUGAUGGCUCGGAUGGGCCUCAAAUCCUGAAGAGCAUCAGUGUUAAAAACUCGAUGAAAUAUGAGUGGAAAUCAAUUCACAUUAGGUUUCACUGAAAGCCCCAUGAAAGAAGAAACAAGGAGCUGGUUGAGACAAUGAAUCAGCACUCCCAAGAUUUUUCAGGUGGAUAAAUGUGAGAGAGAGAGAGAGAGAGAGAGAGAGAGAGAGAGAGAGAGAGAGAGA